UACAAAAAGUUCCGAAUUUUGGAUAUUUGUCACACUAUCAUUUUUAGUACAUUCAAUCAAUUUUUUUAAAGAAUCAACCCGCUCCAUGCGUUCUUUUCAAAUGACAUGACAUUUUCCUAUCCAGCUUAUCCUCUCUUCUUUCCUUUCGGUCAUAAUGAACUGCGCACCAUUUUCAAUAGGUAUGCCAUUAAUAAAUAAACUAACCGACUUUUCGUUAAAAUAAUUUGUCUCGCCGUUUUCUCUCUCUUCCGUUUGAUAACCUUUUGUUCAGUGUUUUCCUUGUGUGGAGAUUUUUCUGCGCGAAUACCUACCGCAAAAUCGUAAAACGCAACACCAGCUAAUUACUUCUACCAUUGUUUUAGUCAGCGGUUUAACAAGUUGACUGUAAUCAAUUGUGCUACAAUAGUAUAAACUGUAAUUCUACUUAUCAGUGGCAGUAGCCCCAUUUCCUCUCAAAAUUACCCUUCAAGCCAAGAAUAGUUUCUCUUUGCUUCAAGCUAAAUCAUUUCGCGAGUGAGGCUGCGAGAUUCCCUUCGCCUUGUCUAUACUCCAGAUAGAAAUGCGGAACUCAUUUGUGUGUCCCACUUUCCUUUCAGUAUCGGUAUCUAAUCCCUGGAAACAAAUAAUAGAAACCACAGCUAAUAAUGUUCUGGCGAUUACUUCGACUGUUCAAGCGUCUAAAAUGAUUCCAACACAGGAAGAGGAAGAUUUACGUAUUAUAACGAGUAAACGAAACGAAAUAUGGAGGCGAAGAGUUCCUCAGUACAUCGCAGCACUUUCAGCGUGUUUGGGUUCCGUCUGUACGGGCGCAGUUGAAGGAUGGACCGGGAAUAUUUCGGAAGAUAUGAAAAAACUGUCAUUCAACGGUAUCACGAUAACUGAAGAUCAUUUGGGAUUAAUUGGAUCGCUUUCUUCUUUGGGAAGCGUCUUCGCCUGCAUACCGAGUGCCUAUCUCUCCGACUGGGUAGGACGAAAAACCGCAAUUCUACUUCUUAUCGUACCUCUACUGUUGGGAUGGCUGCUAAUAAUUUUGGCGCAGGAAUUCUGGAUGCUCGGGCUAGGUCGAUUAUUGUGUGGGAUUACAGAUGGUGCCUUUUACGCACUAUUACCAAUGUACGUCACGGAAAUCUCCGAAAAAGACAUAAGAGGUGGUCUAACCGCUUACUUUGACUUAUUUUUAACAGUCGGAAUUCUGGUAUCCUUUACCGUUGCAAACUUUUUAGACAUUUAUCAGUAUACGAUUGUCGUCGGUUGCCUACCUAUACUUUUUGGAUUGAUAUUUUGUUUCCAACCGGAGAGCCCAAUAUUUCUAGCUAUGAAAGGGAAAGAAAAGGAGGCGUCCCAAUCCUUGCACCGUCUGCGAAAGCGAUCUUACAACGUGACGGAUGAAGUAGAAGGAAUUAAAUUGAUUGUAAAUCAAAACCACAACCAUUCCUUGCUGACAACCAUGCGGAAAAAGUACACCAGAAGAGUUAUGUUGAUUUGCUUUCCACUAACGAUCUUGCAACCGAUGAGUGGUAUAACAGUGAUAACUUACUAUACGGCAUCAAUUUUUGCAUCGACCAAAGUGGAUUUAGACGAGAAAUUGUGCACCGUGAUCUUCGGCAUGGUUACAGUGUUCUCCGCCUUUCUAACCACGCUGGUUAUAGAUAAGUUAGGAAGACGCACCAUGCUUAUAACGUCACUUUUAGGAUCCUCAUUAGCAAUCGGUAUUUUAGCGUUGUUCUUCACGUUGCAAUACCGACAACUCGUUGAUGAAAGCGUAAUUGCCGCUUUGCAUUUUUUGCCGAUCGUUAGCGUUUCAUUGUUCACACUAACAUUUUCGUUAGGAUACGGUACCGUACCUUGGUUGCUAAUUAGCGAACUUUUCCCGCCCGAAAUUAAAAGCCUUGCCGCCGGUUGUGGAGCAACUUUUAAUUUAACAUCGGUUUUCCUGGUUUCACGAUAUUACUUUGAUCUGAAAUCUGCUAUGGGUAUUGAUAUUACCUUUUACCUUUCUUCAAUUAUAAAUCUUAUAACUGGCGUUUUUGUUUAUUAUUACGUGCCCGAAACCAGCGGCAAAUCUUUUGCAGAGUUGCAAGCAUUAUUUAGAGCCGAAUGAAUUUAUAUCGUAUUUUAGGCAAAUGAACUAGCACAAUUAAAGUUUAAAAUUACCCAGUGGCAGCCUCUUGAUGGAAGCACACGAGGCAGGAGCGCUACCAGUAUUACAAAAAAAAAACCAAUUGUAUUAAGAUACCUGUGUUGGCAUGAAAUCUAAAGAAAAUUGUUGUGGCCAGCACAAUGUUGACUAAAUGUAUUUCAGUUCUUAGUAAAGUGUUUUUAUAAGGUGCAACAACGUUAAAAAUGUGCAGUUUUUUAUUACUUUGACACACUUGCGCAUGCACGAUUCUGCCCAAAAGCUUUUUAGUUCCUUUUAUGUCCUAAAAAUAUGUGUACCAAAUUUGGUUCCAAUCGGUUCAGCCCGGAAAUGAGAGUACAGACAGAGAGACCGAGAAACAUCACCGAGAGUUUGUUUAAUUCGGAUUCCUGGUGCUUCAAAACGUGCAUUUACGUCAAAAAAGUGGGGGGGGGGGUCAUUUUGUACCC